GCAUCAGCCUUUAUCAAGCAUGCCAUGGCCUGGGAGUCCCCCGCCCAGCUGCGCUCUCCUUCCAAGCCAGAGUCAACCUGGCAAGCACGACGCAGUGACACACCCACAGCUCCCCAGAGCCAAACAGGACCUCACCUGUCAGCACGUGCUGAGCAGAUGCCUCUGAUUCCUCGGCCCCACAGAAAGGAACCAUUGACAGCCUGAAGGUCCAGCCAGGAGCCUGGGGACCGCCAGCCCUGCCCCCUGCUCACCCACAAGAUGUGGCUAGCCUUCAUGCUGCUCUGCCUUUCCUCCUUGCCCCUACCUGGAGGCCAGGUGGCAUCGAGUGAGCCGAGAUACUCAGUGUCUGACAGAGCACGGAGUGCACUGGUCCAGAGAAACGCAUCUGUGGACGCUGCUCCAGGGGCUCAGGCGUCUGAGAUGCCCCCGGUGCCCCCCUCUCUCGUCACUGUGCGCAGCCGGACGUCGCCAGCCGAUCUCAACCUCACUCACGUCCCAACAGGGACAGCGAACAGGACAAAUGCGAGCGUUCCAGCAGCCCCGGGAAGUACGGCUGGCGGUGCGGCUUCCAGCGCCCCCAGCGCCACGUCUUCACAGCGGGCCCCGUCUACGACUGCCGCCGGGCUGCCGCCUCCCAGCACCCCUCACGCACAAGUGCCAAGUACACAAGCCAGCGUGCCAACAGCACGUACAGCCGCUGCCCACACGGGCAGCGCCCCCAGCACCCCGGGCCCUGCCGGGCCCACGUCUGCUCACCCUGCUGCCAGCCCCACAACCCCCACGGGUCCCCAAGCACAAGUUCCCACUACCAUGCCAGUGGUGACCCACCAGCCAGUGCUCACCACAGCAGGAAGGACCCCGCCCCGCCCCCCGGACGCCACCUCAGAGCCCACUGCCCCCCGCCCCUCCGUGGCUCCAGUGACCUCAGCAGUGGUGCCCACCACCCAGGCACAAGCCAGGGAGACAGCUGCCAGCAGCGUGCCAGCCCGCCACACCAGCCCAGCCCCCACAGCAGAGACCACAUCCCCCACGCCACAGCCACGCCCCACGCCACCUCACUCAGGACCUGGGGGACCGGGCGCAUCUCAGACACCAGGGCACGGGGAGACCAGAGCCACGCCUGGCACUGGGCCCACACCUUUGAGCUCAGGGGACCAGAGGAUGCCAGCCACGGACUCGUGCGAGCCUACUGCCCAAGUCCCAUACCUGGUGGUCACCCCCAAGCCCCUGGCUCCAUCCCUGGUGAACAGAACGUUCCUCCUGGUGGUGCUGGUUCUCGGGGUGGCCCUGUUCGUCACGGUUGUGGUGGUGUUCACCCUGCAGGCCUACGAGAGCUACAAGAAGAAGGACUACACGCAGGUCGACUACCUGAUCAACGGCAUGUACGCGGACUCGGAGAUGUGAGGGCGCGGGCCGCCCUCCGCGCUGGCGGCUCCGAGACCCCACCAAGUGCUUCCAGAUCCUUUGGUGCAAUUUCAGAGGAACACCAGAGAGAUGCUUCAUCGCUCCCAGACCCGUUCCACGAUCAUGGAAGAGCUGCUUUUUUCAUAUUUAUUUUUGUAAGCAGUGUGGGCACGGGGUAGCCGGUGAUUGUGCGGCAGGGUGUGGUGGCCAGGGCAUGCAGGGCCGCUGGCCCACUUCAUCCUGGUAUGUCUGGUCCCCAGAAUAAAAACAA